AUGCCCAAACCCAACCCCAACCGCGUCACCAAGCCGACCAAGUCCACCAACCCACCCCUCACUCCCGCCCUCCGCCGCCCAACCCCCCUCCUCUCCCACCUCACCCCAAAACAACAUUCAGCCACAAUAACCUCCCGCCUCUCAGGCACCCCCGCUACAGGCGUCAUCCCCCAGGGUUACAAACACCCCAUCUCCGACCUUAGGUACGACCUACCCGAAUGUACCUGGGAUUCCCUCCUCGAAUUCUACCGCCAAACCCAAGAUUCCUACAUCAUGGAAGAAGAGAUAAAAGCCGAAAGCGCAAGGCGCAACAUCAUGGGUGAACCCCCCUGUCCGAAAACACCAGAAAGGGUUGUCCCCCCGACUUACGAUCCAGAGUAUGCCAUGCCAGAUUACAGUUUCGGGGCGAUUCUGGAGAGGUAUAAAAGGCAGAAGGAGGAGAGUUUCGUCACGGAGGCGGAGAUCAGGGAGGAGCAGAGGGGGAGGUCGGAGAGGGCCGGGAGGUGGCGGAUGGCGAGGAGGGAAGAGGAAAAGGAGGUGGGGGCGAUGGGGGGGGAGCAGACACCGCGUGCUAGUCGGGAUGGGUCUUUGUCUUAG